GUUUCCUUCCAUUUCCGUAUUUGGUAAACUAGCACGCGUACUCUACAUACAGAAUCGUCAAGUAGGUCUUUGUAUCUGUAUUCUUAUGGAUCUCGAUACUUCGUCUGUUCGACGGUCUUUGGACGAAGGAAACAGCCAAGAUCCUAUCAAAGAUGAGGAAUCCGACUUUGAACCGUCCUCCACUAGCAUAAAUGCUGAAAAUACAAACCAUACGAAACUCAAGGAAACAAAAAGCAGUGAUUCCUUACAAGAGACCAAUACCGCAAGCAUUGCUUCUCCUGUAGAUGAGCUGCAAUCUUUUGGAAUGGAUGAGUCAAAGGCAAUGGAAGAAGAAAUAGACCAUGAUGAUCAUCUAGUAGAAGAGAAAAAUAAUGAAGAAGAAGAGCAUGAAUUAGAUGAAAGCAAUGAUUUUGAUGAUUUCGGCGAGUUCGGCGAAGUAGAGAUGGAGACACCUGUCACGACUUUUGAGGGAGAACAUUGGCUUGAGAACUUUGAAGCUUCUCUACACGCUGUAUUUGGUCCUCCAAAAGAUCCAGAACAUCUUCCCGAAUCUCCUCUUGAUCUUGAAAGAAUUCUAUCCUUAUGGGACAAACUCAUUGAAAUGCCCGUUCUUCAACGCCCCGACUGGCUACGCUCUAGCAUUCGGCAUAUCUUUUUAGUCUCUAUGGGGUUACCUGUUGAUUUGGAUGAGCUGUUACCAUCACAAUCGAACCCGUCUUCCUCUUCCGCUUCUUUUAAAAAUAUUCUUAAAAUCUCGACUUCUUCUACACAACUAGAAAAUGAACCUUCGUUCAAUUAUACAGUUGCACGCCGGUUAUGUUGUACUACUCACGAAAUACUUGCAUCUCGAUCUUCCGAUGCCCUAGUCAAGCACAUAAAUAUGUUGAAGCAAUAUGUUUCCGAAGCCACUGCUUUAGCACAGUACUGGACUGAUAAACGCGACUCUUCGUUCAAUGAUAAAUUGCUUUAUGAAACAGUCGUUGAUGAUCUCGUACAGCAUAGUAAACGCUUACGAAAGUCCGCUCGUUAAUUUGAGUCGCCUGCGUUUCCUUUGUGAUAUUCUAUUUCCUUUCUUCUUUCUUCUUUCUCUAUUCUUUAUUUUUUUUGGUUCAGUACAUAUUCUUUAUCGUUGUUUAGCUUUGGAUGAUGCUCUUCUUUGGCCUUUUGUUACUACUCUUUACGGUUCAUGUGUUUCUUGUUAUUGGGCGGGAUACCCAAGCUUCUCUUUUUUUCUUUAUUUUAUUUUAUCCUAUUCAAUUUCCUUGUUAUUAUGGGCUUCAUGGAACCCUUAUUAAUAAUACUCCUUAUAAUUCUACACAACCUCUGUGACUCUCAACACUCCAUGUCUAUACGUUUAAUGACCUUACCUAGAUAAUUGAUUACAUGUCUUGUUCAUUUCAG